CUUCGACCCAGUAAAGCGCCGAAGAAGAACCCGUUCUUUAACCCGUUCCAAAAUUCCUGCUUUCUCCUCUCCUGGUGCAGAUCUUCUCCACAUCUACUCGGCAGGUGUUCUCCGUUCCCCCUCACCGGCUGUCCCAGUUCUGCAGAGCUGAGGGUGAAGAAAUGUAUGCCAUCCUGGUCCAAGUCCUCUCCUGCAACUUCUACACAGUUUGAAUAACACCUGGAUUAAAAACACCUGGAGUCAGGAGAGACUGAAUGUGAGAAUAUGGAACCCAGCGGAGGCUCCAGCAAUCUCGGCACCAACACAUCUCGCAGGCGAAUGCAGACAAAUACAGGAAAGAAGAGAAGUCACCACUGCUCACAGUGCGGGAAGAGUUUCACUCAGCGAGGUCAUCUGCAACAGCAUCAGCGCAUCCACACGGGAGAGAAACCGUUUCGCUGCUCAGAGUGCGGCAAGAGUUUUAAUCAUCCGAGCAGCUUCCAAAGACACCAGCGCACUCACACGGAAGAGAAACCGUAUCACUGCUCAGAGUGCGGCAAGAGCUUUACUCAGCAGUGUCACCUCCAGCUACACCAGCGCGUUCACACCGGAGAGAAACCGUAUUACUGCCCAGAGUGCGGGAACAGCUUUAACAGUCAGAAUAAUCUCCAACGGCACCAUCAGAUUCACACCGGAGAGAAACCACAUUACUGUGCAGAGUGUGGGUGGAGCUUCAGGCAUUCCAGUCAUCUGCGACAGCAUCAGCGCAUUCACACGGGAGAGAAGCCGUUUCGCUGCUCAGAGUGCGGCAAGAGUUUUAAUCAUCCGAGCAGCUUCCAAAGACACCAGCGCACUCACACGGAAGAGAAACCGUAUCACUGCUCAGACUGUGGAAAAAGUUUUAAUCAGCAGUGUCACCUCCAACUACACCAGCGCGUUCACACUGGAGAGAAACCGUAUUACUGCUCAGAGUGUGGGAACAGCUUUAACAGUCAGAAUAAUUUCCAUAGACACCAGCGCAUCCACACAGGAGAGAAGCCGUACGACUGCUCAGAGUGUGGGAAGAGUUUUAGAGACAGUGGAUCCCUCCAAACACACCGGCGCAUUCACACCGGAGAGAAACCGUAUCAGUGCUCAGAGUGCGGGAAGAGUUUUAAUCAGAACAGUAAUCUCCGGACACACCUGCGCGUUCACACGGGAGAGAAGCCGUAUGACUGCUCAGAGUGUGGGAACAGUUUUGGUGAUAGAUGUGCCCUCCAGAGACACCAGCAGAUCCACACCGGAGAGAAACCGUACUACUGCGCAGAGUGUGGGUGGAGCUUCAGACAUUUGAGAACUUUGAAGACGCACAAGUGCAUUAAGCUCACUCGUGGGGACGUUCAGAGCAAUGAUUCUCACGUUUAUUAUUUCUAGAUUAAUUGCUCAUUUGUACUUUUCAGAAUUCUUUUUCGUGGGUAGGGCCAGACAGUUUUAUUUAGUUUUACACUGCCUCAUUCUUAUGUUUUAGAGCAAGGGUGCCCAAUCCUGGUCCUGGAGAUCUAACUCUAACUCUAACCUACGGGUGUCUUCCCACUUGUCCCGAAUACUUGAAUCCGCACCCAGGACUGAUUCUGGGCUCGUAUGGGGGAGGGGCUCAUUAUCACUGGUUUGCUUUCACACACAAUAAUUCAUUCCGAACUGUGGAUCUGUGUGCAGUUCCACACGUCACUUUUCUGUGUGCAGGUUUGCAGAAUAUUAUUUUCUUCGGAUACACUCAAGCGAUGAAGAGCUGCUCUUUCUGCCUACAGCAGUCCUCUCUCCUAUCACCACACUCGAAGUGAUGCAAUAAGUUGAAGCAGUCACGUUACAGACUGAGCCAAUCGUACAGCCCCACACGAUGCGCCGGGAGAGGAGAGCUCCCACUGUGCAGCAGACCAACCAAAGACCACUUUGUACUUUGUUCUGCUCCCAAGCUCGAAAACAGGUUUCGUGCUCGACCAAACAUCCUGAACUUGCAGCGCAAGCGGUCUGGAAAAAGGCUCUGUUGUGAAAACACCCUAAUACACCUGCUCCAAGUAAUGGAGGCCUUCAAGAGCAUCUAAGGCCCAAUCCCGUUUCACCCCUUGCCCCUACCACUUAGCCCUCCGUUUUGUGCAGUCACGUCUAGGGGUAGGCUGUCCUAGUUUUUUUUUAGAUAGAGGGGUAGGGU